AUGUUCGGCCCGAACCCCACCACACACCCCUCUUCGAUCCUGAGCCGUUUCUUCCAAGAGGAGCUCAAGAAACGACGAGCUAGUGACCAUUGGAUACGAAGCGGACUGUUCUUACUAAUUGGAGCUAUUGGCAUGGUGGGACCUGCAUUACUUUACCAAAAGAUCGCCAGGAGACAUCGGCAGCGGGGCCCCAGCCACGAGAUCAUGGACACUGGCCAUCCCAGCCUAUUCGCAGCUAUAAAAACUCCACGUCGCGCACCUCCCAUCACCAUCAACAUGAAGCUCGCUUUACUUUUCGCCAUCCUCCCAGUCACCUUGGCCGCCUGGUGUCCUCCAAAGCCUGCGAAUUCCUGCGAACAGAAGCAAAUCUUCGAUUUGUUUGUGCGACGAUUGCUCAUCGAAAAGGACGUUGAGACUGCUUACUACGAGCACGUUCAUCCUGACUAUGUUCAACACAACCCAACGGUCCUCAGUGGCAUUGAAAACAACAUUGCAGUCGUGGGCGACAUCGUGAAGCAUGCCAACUUCACUUUCUAUCACACCUCAGUUGGCAACGACAUUGCUCUUCUCCAUCAUCGCGUCGACUGGGAGGACAAAGCCCGACAUCCGACAUAUACCAUGGCUGCAGACAUAUUCCGAAUGGACGGUACUUGCAUCAUGGAGCACUGGGAUUGCUUGAUGGAGGCCCCUGAGUACGGCAUCAACCCUGUGCCCUGGAUCUCGAAGUAG